UUAGUGGCCCGAAACGUCAGCCUCUCUGCUCCUAUGAUGCUGUUGGGCCUGCUGUGUUCAUCCAGCCCUGCAGCUUGUUGUCUCGCAUUCUCCAGCAUCUGCACUUCCUACUAUCUCUGUUUUUAGUGUUGUCGACUAGCUAAGUCCCUUUUGCAGAAUUCCGAUAGGAACACGACGGUUUUGUGCUCGAAUGUUUCUGUUUUUUUUCCCCCUACCCAACAAUACUCCUCUCUUAACGAAGAGUUUUUGUUUCUGAUUUCCAGCAUCCGCAGUUCUUAGGUUUUUUCAUCUCCUGCUGUUUGAUUGGCUCUGGUCGUCACUCGUUGACUUUAACGCAUGCGCAGUGAUACUGUGUUCUUAUGAAUGGGCGUUUUUUCCGCAACCAAAUAUUUAGACAGUAGAUAAAGAUCGAAUCGAAGGGUACAUUAUUUUUUCAAUGCAUGUAUUUAUAUACGAACUGGUUACAGCAGUUACAAUUUGCCGUUGAUUGUUUCGAAUCAGAUUGUGACACGACAGCGAAGAACCAGAAAACCGCGCCAGCCGUCGUGUAAAAUCAACAUGGUGUUUUCUUUUAGGGUGAUUUUUGCUUUUACGAAACGUUUCCCCGUAAGGUAUCAUUGGAUCCCGGUGAGGAAUUGCAACUUUGUUUCCUGCACUCAAAAUAUCAAUACAGCAAAGUGGCAGAAUCCUGUGACUGUUUCAAGUGGCACCCGGCAGUCUCCUAUUGACAUAAACACUGCCGAUUGUGUGUAUGAUCCACAACUCAAACCUUUAAAGAUCUCGUAUGACCCAAAUAAUUGUCUUCGACUAAGGAACAACGGCUAUUAUUUCCAGGUGGAAUUUGAAGACUCCAGAGAUAGCUCGGUUAUUAGUGGUGGACCAUUGAAGAACCAAUACCGAUUGAAACAAUUUCAUUUCCACUGGGGUUCAAAAAGUGAGCAAGGAUCAGAGCAUACUGUCAACAAUCAGGUGUACCCUGCAGAGCUUGGAAAAAAGCACUAUCAACUACAGAAACUUAUUGAUGCAUUGCCAGCUGUAAAACAUAAGGGUUCAGCAAUUGAUUUCCUUAACUUUGAUCCUGCCUGCAUGAUUCCAUCUUGUUCGGAUUACUGGACAUACCCUGGCUCUCUGACCUCUCCACCUUUAACUGAAUGUGUCACUUGGGUCAUUAUGAAAGACCCCAUCGAAAUUAGUCCAGAACAGUUGGCUGCGUUUCGCAGUUUGUUUUACACAUCCAUUGGGGAAAAGCAAAAGAAUAUGGUGGACAACUAUCGACCAGUCCAGCCUUUACUGAAAAGAACUGUAUAUUCAACCAUUUCACCUUUCCAGAACAGCGUUUCUCAAUAGAAUAAUACAUCUGAUUCCAAGCACUGUUCAAGAGAAAAUACUGAGGAGCCUUACAUAAUUUUUAAUAUGCUAAUUACUUCACUUUCAAGUCUGAGGGACCUGGGAAAAAAAAAUCACUUAAUUCUUUUUAACAUUUACAUGCAGAAACAGGAGCUUCAAAAAUUCUUUCAAAAACACAGAUGGUUCGAUAAAUAUGGUGCUCUUUUAUUAUCCAGUGUAGUUAGAAUUUGUGCAGUUGUUAAAGUAUUUCUUAUCAUGUAGCAUAGUUAAAUUUAUAUACAGUUAAUAGGUGCUUUUCAGCAUUUAGUUAUCAUAAACAGUGUAUGUUUAUGUAUGGACCACUAAAUUAAGUCUGGUUAUUUUCUUUUCAUUAAAAUGUGAUAAACAAUAUAUGUUCUAGAACACUUAAUCAGUAAUUAUUGUAAUAAAUGUUUACAUCUAGGAUA